UUCACUGAAAAUAAAGCAGGUUUUCUUUCCUCUCUUUUUUUCUUUUUUGAAAUUACUAUAGAUUACUAUAAUUGGUUUCAACAUCGUAUCGUCGCGAAGGUACUCUCAAACCGCGACUAAUUUUACCGAAUUACGCCAAUAAACUUAAAAGCAGGUCGAGUGUACGUGCAUUACGGCAUAGUAUUAUUUGACGCGUAUCUCCGUUACAUAUGUACGUAAACUCGUUGCGAAAGAAUACUCUUUUCGAGAAACAAAUCUCUCGAGAGAAGAGAAAGAUCCUUUCCGUGUAUCGACUACCACCUUGUGUUGUUUACGAUGCAGUAAAUUUAGAUACGACCAAGCGGAUAUAUCGUACUCGCAAAUCGAUACAUCGACUGGAAACAUCGCAUAACGAAUUUGAUUUAUUAUUUAGUAAAAUAACAAAGAAAAUCCAUCGUUCGUGAUCAUCUUCAAACGAUUUAUUUCAAGUAGAAUAAAAACGCUGACGGGCUUUGCAACGAUCGUACUCUCUACUUAUAUAAUAAAUAAAAUUAGUUGGGAUCCAAUGUCAUCUUUUCAACAUCGAGUAUCUAUCUAUUCGAAACUAUCCUUGAUGUAUUGAUAAUGAUAGAAGAUAAGUAGAUAUAUAUAUACAUGUAUAUAUAGUUGUGUAACUAAUCACGUUGAAUUUCGAAAGUAUACGACGUCGUAAUAGAAAAAGGCGAAAGACUUUCGUUUUUGUAUUUGAAAUACUUUCACCGCGACAUACCAUAAAAAACUAACUUUCGAAAAUGCUAUUAUUCUUUGACAGCCUUGACACUCUUGCAAGUUACAUUAAACAUGAUAGACCGAAUUGAAUCGAGAAAAUUGAGCUUGGCUUUAUUGAAUGAUCAGAAGGCAUUCACCUUUUGCGGGCGCGGAUAUUUAAAAUGCAUCGCUACUGGCGAUCUCUUUUUCUCUCUCUCUCUCAAUAUUACACACAUAUAUAUAUAUAUACGUAUAUAUAUACACAUGUACGUACACCUAUUUAUCUCUUUUAUCAAGGUCAUGAACGCGAGAUAAAAGCGAGGAAUCUGUCUACGUAGAACGAAAUUAACCCUAUGCCUUGCUAUUUAAUUACGAGCUAUUUCAAAGAGCGUGACAACCGCUCUAACUUUAUUUGACGUGAGCACAUAAUCGAUCAUAGCUGAUCGUCGCGAUAUCGACAUUGCACGAGAGAGAAAAAAAGAUGCACGUACGGAAUUGUCGAACGAUUCACGAAAUCGUUGUGCGCCGAUUAAUCGGGCAAACGAGCAAAGUCGAAGGAAUAAACGACUCGACGAAAACGCACGUGAAGAGUUUUACGUGGGACGUUGAUCUGUCGACGAACGAACGGCGCCGCAAAGUGUUCACGAUCGACUGUAAUUUUGAGAUGACGACCAAGCAUAAAAAUCAAAAGAAAAUGAGUUCAGGAAGACAAAUAUUAAGUUUAAUCCACCGUUUCAUCGAGUUCAUUGCUAGGGGUAUAUUCACGUUAGCAGCUUAUAUCGGUGGCCCUGCAGAAUCUCAACCACCGAUAAAGGAUUUGACACUUUUACACAAUGCGACCACAUUAGCUUUUAAAAUUAGGAAUAAACAAUUAUCUUCCGAAGAAGUAGUGAGGUCGUACAUCGACAGAAUAAAAGAAAUUCAGCCAAUAUUAAAUUGCGUAGUAGAGGAACGCUUCGAGGAAGCGCUCAAGGAAGCUAAGAAAUGCGAUGAAAUGUUGAAAUCUCCCAAUGCACCAUCCGUACAAGUACUUGCCAAAGAAAAACCUUUCCUUGGUGUUCCCUUUACGACCAAGGAUUGUAUCGCUGUUGCUAAUAUGAAGCAAACGGCUGGUUUGAUCCUCCGUAAAGAUUAUGUCUCCGAGAAAGAUGCAGAAGUGAUAAGACUGAUGAGAGCGGCAGGAGCUAUACCGUUGGCCUCGACCAAUGUUUCGGAACUUGCAAUGUGGUGGGAAGCACAUAACCGUUUGUACGGUACCACCAGGAAUCCGUACAACACAAGACAUAUAGUAGGUGGUUCUUCCGGGGGUGAGGGCUGCAUACAAGCAGCAGCUGGUUCGCCAUUAGGAAUAGGAUCUGAUAUCGGUGGCUCUAUUCGCAUGCCAUGCUUUUUCAAUGGAAUUUUUGGUCAUAAACCUUCCAAAGGUAUUGUCUCAAACGACGGUCAAUAUCCAAGUGCCCACAGCGAUGAUCAAAAUCAAUUGCUUGCAAUAGGUCCUAUGUGUAGACACGCACAGGAUAUGAGACCUGUUCUCAAAGUACUCGCCGAUAAGAACGCAGAGAUAUUGAAUUUAGAUGAUAAAGUCGACAUUUCGAAGAUCCAGUUUUAUUACAUGGAGGACGACGGAGGACAAUACUUUGUGUCCCCUGUAGAUCAAGAAAUAAAAUGCGCUAUGAGAAAAGUCGUGCUUCACUUUGAAAAAGCAUAUAAAAUAAAAGCUACGAAAAUACACGUACGAAAAUUUAAAAAAAGCAUUGCUCUAUGGUUAGCAAAUAUGACGUCUAAAGAUAACAAAGAUUUUUCGUACGAAUUAUCCAACAGGAAUGGAAAUAUAAAUAUUUUAUGGGAAUUUGUUAAGUGGUUAAUGUUCCUAAGUAAUCAUACAUUAAUUGCUCUUCUAACUGCAACAUUUGAGAGGUUUGGUAUAAAACAUGGGAGUGAGCAAUACACAAAACUUAUACAAGAAAGUAAAGACCUUUACCAAGAAUUCAAGGAUAUUUUGGGGGAAGACGGUAUUUUCUUGUAUCCAACUCAUCCCACGGCAGCUCCGUUGCAUCACGAGCCGCUUAUAAAAGCAUUUAACUUUUCGUACACCGCAAUUAUCAAUGUUUUGGGCUUGCCGGCUACAGCAUGUCCAUUAGGAUUAAAUAAGCAAGGACUUCCUAUAGGCAUACAGGUUAUCGGUGGUUUAAAUCAAGAUCGUUUGACGCUUGCCGUUGCCGAGGAAAUUGAAAAAGGAUUUGGAGGCUGGGUUCCUCCGCUUAUCGUAGCUUAAAAGUAUGGCUAUUCUAGACAAUAAUAAUUCAAAAUGCAUUGAAAUGCAUUAACAUACCAAAUCCUGCCUUUCUCAACUCUUGAACGAUUCUCAAAUCUUUGCAAGGAAAGAUUUAUCUGUGCAUUAAAAUCGCUAGAAGAAAGGUAAAAAUUAACGUUAUUUUCAUGUUGGACGUGUUCGAUGUCGGGAAUGAAUUUCUUUCUUCUCUUUUUGUAUUUUUUUUAUAAACGGUAAUGGUAAUAUAUCUUGUAUAAACAUUA